UUGUACUUCGUUCGAAACGCACGUGCAAUACAGAAAAGCGGCUCGGUGUGCCUCAGAGUUAGUGUGCUGCCUUGUGAAAAGAGUCGGACGUCGUUUUUACGAGUCGUGUGAAAGCUUGAUAAAAAUUGUCAAAGAAAAAUGACAUUGGUCACACAAAUAGAGACCACCACGGAAAAUGGGAGUAUGAAAAUCCCUCUGCUCAAUGGCAAUGAGAAAGGGGCCAGUACUGAUCUAAAGGAAGUUGUGGAGGAGACCGGAAAUGUAAGCACAACUGCGAAGAAUGUCGUUGAGAAGGGUGAAGUCGAAGCUACGAAAGAGAAAGGGAACGAAAAAGAGAAGGAGAAAGAAGAAGACAAGAAUAAGAAGAAUGACAAAAGCGAGAAAGAAGAUAGUGAUAAGGAUGCUGGGAGCGAGCAAGAAAUCCUUCUCAUUCAAGAUAUGGGAUUCACUGUUAAGAUCAUCUGUCCAAAUGCUGAGCCCUUUGAUAUCCAAGUUUCCAGUAUGGAGUUGGUUCAGGAAAUCCAUCAAUUACUCAUGGAUCGCGAGGACACCUGCCAUCGCACAUGUUUUUCCCUUCAAUUCGAUGGUAACACACUGGAUAACUUUGCUGAGCUGAAGAAUAUUGAAGGCCUAAAAGAAGGUUCCAUUAUUAAAGUUGUGGAAGAACCGUAUACAAUGCGAGAAGCUCGUAUACAUGUUAGGCACGUGCGAGAUUUAUUGAAAUCUGUGGAUCCUGCGGACGCUUACAAUGGCGUCGAAUGUAGUAGUUUAUCGUUUUUAAAUGUGGUUACUAAUGGCGACAUCCUUGAGAAGAAGAAGAGCAGAGCAGAUUCGGUUGAUUGUACUCCACCUGAUUAUAUUAUACCUGGCUGUAAAGACAGGCCAUUACUACCUCUACAACCUCAAGCCAAAGAACAAAAAUGCCCUCCAUGUUUAAAAGUAUUAACAACAUCUGGGUGGAAUCCACCACCCGGUCACAGAAAGCUUCACGGUGAUUUAUUAUAUCUACAUGUGAUAACGUUAGAAGACAAGCAAUAUUAUUUGACUGCAUGUGUCAGAGGUUUCUUCCUCAAUCAAUCGACGAAGGAAGUAUUUAAUCCGAAACCAGCGACUCCGAGUCAUUUGUGUCAUAGUUUAAUUGAACUACUGAACCAGCUCAGUCCGGCUUUUAAACGUGGUUUCACUGCUAUGCAAAGACGAAGGACGCAGAGACAUCCAUUUGAACGAGUAGCCGCACCUUAUCAACUUUAUGCCUGGUGUGCGCCUCAAAUUGAACAUACAAUCGAUGCAAUACGCGCUGAAGAUACUUUCUCUUCUAAGUUGGGGUACGAAGAACAUAUUCCCGGCCAAACUCGAGAUUGGAACGAGGAAUUGCAAACAACGAGAGAGUUACCUCGUAAAAACUUGCCCGAAAGACUGCUUAGAGAACGUGCUGUUUUUAAAGUUCACAGUGAUUUUGUCACUGCUGCUACUCGAGGUGCAGUAGCCGUGAUAGACGGUAACGUAAUGGCAAUAAACCCUGGUGAGGAGGCAAAGAUGCAAAUGUUUAUUUGGAACAAUAUUUUCUUCUCUCUUGGGUUCGAUGUCAGGGAUCAUUACAAAGAGCUUGGCGGCGAUGCAGCUGCUUUCGUCGCACCUAAAAACGACUUACAAGGUCUUAGAGUAUAUGCUGCUAUUGACCUACCCGGCCCUUAUACGCUUGGUACCGUUGUAAUCGAUUACAGAGGAUAUCGUGUCACCGCUCAGUCAAUCAUCCCUGGAAUCUUGGAACGCGAGCAGGAGCAAUCUGUUGUUUAUGGUUCUAUAGAUUUUGGGAAAACGGUUAUCUCGCAUCCAAAGUAUCUUGAAUUGUUGAACAAAACUGGUCAACUACUAAAAAUUCUUCCUCAUAAAGUUAUCAAUGAUGUUGGGGAGGAGGUUGAACUCUGCAGCAGUGUAGAAUGCAAAGGUAUAAUCGGAAAUGACUCUCGACAUUAUGUGUUGGAUUUAUUACGAACUUUCCCUCCUGAUGUCAAUUUUCUUAAAUUGGAAGGUGUUGAACUGAGUAAAGAAGCUAAAGCUUUAGGUUUUCCAAUUGAGCACAAGCAUAAAUUAGCCUGUCUUCGUCAGGAAUUGAUCGACUCCUUUGUUGAAGCUAGAUACGUGCAAUUUAUUAAACACGUCGCUUUUCAUCUACAACAACUUACAUCUGUAAGAAAAGUACAGAAGGAAAAUGACACUGCUGUUAAAGAAGAUAAAAAGGAAGAAUCGAAUGUCGUUGCAGUGGAUAGUAACAAAGAAGAUUCUUCUCAUACUCUAAUAGAAACGGAUGAAGCCAAAAAGAUCGUGGAAAGCAUAACUGACUCUAUCACUGGUGGAGAGAAGCAAGAGUUGGAAGAAAGUACGAAAGAAGUAGUUCGCAGUGCAGCAGCAGCAGUUGGUAGCCUACGGGAAGCCGAAUUUGAUGUCAGGUUUAACCCAGACGUAUUUUCUCCGGGUGUUAAACAUCCAGAUCCAGAUGGGCCUGCUUUAAAAAAACAAAGACAAUUGGUGCAAGAUGCGGCCGACUUUUUACUUACCGUACAAAUACCCACUUUUAUACGAGAAUGCUUAGAUCAUACAGCUGCUGCAAUGGAUGGCAGCAUAUUGGUAGAAGCUUUACACGGUAAAGGCAUCAACGUACGAUACCUUGGUAAAUUAGCAGCCAUGUUAUCUACUGUUCCACAACUGCAAUAUCUGAAACGUAUUGCUGUUUCGGAACUUAUUUUACGCUCGGCGAAACACAUUUUUACAUUUUAUAUGCAGGGUACGGAAUUAAUGAGUCUUUCUGCAGCUAUUAGUCAUUUCUUAAAUUGCUUAUUCUCUUCUGCACAAAUCAUUCAUCCACAACAAAAUCUAGAAGAGCUUCAAAGUAAAACUGCCAAACGACGCAAUAAAAGAAAAGGUAGAAAUAACGGUCCACAACAAUCUGAAGUGGAAUGGGCUUCCUUAACGCCUAAAUCUCUUUGGCAACAAAUUAAAGCAGAUUUGAAGAGUUAUUAUGAUUGGGAACCACCAUGUCCGGAAUCGUUGGAUGCCACGAUAGAACAUUUUCACCUUCAGAAAAUUUCUUUGCUUCGUAAUUUCUGUAUAAAGACUGGUAUUCAAAUUUUGUUACGUGAAUAUAAUUUCGAGAAUAAGAACAGAGCCACGUUCUUCGAAGAAGAUAUACUUAAUAUAUUCCCUGUUGUGAAGCAUAUCAAUCCUAGAGCUAGUGAUGCAUAUAAUUUCUAUACAACUGGACAAAGCAAAAUUCAACAAGGUUAUUUGAAAGAUGGAUAUGAACUGAUCAGCGAGGCACUCAAUUUAUUGAAUAAUGUAUAUGGUGCAAUGCAUCCCGAAAUUGCACAGUGUCUUAGAAUGCUUGCGCGAUUGAAUUACAUAAUGGGUGAGCAUGGAGAAGCUCUUGCCACUCAACAAAAGGCAGUCCUUAUGUCAGAAAGAGUCAACGGUAUAGAUCAUCCAUAUACCAUUAUUGAAUAUAUCCGUCUAGCCCUAUAUUCUUUUGCCAAUGGUCAAGUCUCUGUGUCACUUAGGUUAUUAUAUAGAGCACGUUAUUUAGCCUUACUAGUUUGUGGUGAAGACCAUCCAGAAGUAGCACUUCUUGACAGCAAUAUUUCAUUGAUUCUUCAUGCUGUCGGAGAAUAUGAAUUGUCGCUCCGAUUUUUGGAGCAUGCUUUGGCUCUAAACCUUCGAUAUCACGGGCCACGAUCUUUGAAAGUUGCUGUUUCUUAUCAUCUUGUCGCAAGAACUCAAUCUUGUAUGGGUGAUUUCCGAGCGGCUUUAAAUAACGAGAAGGAAACUUACGCUAUUUAUAAGCAACAGUUAGGCGAGGAUCAUGAAAAAACCAAAGAGAGUAGCGACUGUUUAAGACAUUUAACGCAACAGGCCGUGGUUCUACAGAAAAAGAUGAACGAAAUUUAUACCGGAAAAUCCGGUGUUAGCCUACCACCAAUUCAGGUGCAACCGCCCAGUAUGGGAUCCGUACUUGAUAUGUUGAAUGUAAUCAAUGGUAUUCUAUUUGUUCAAAUCAGCCAACAGGAUAUUGAGAAUUUUAAAGCGGAAAUAGAGAAACGACAGAAAGAACAAACACCUGACAGAGAGAUAAAGGCGCUUCAAAAUGGAAACAAGAAAAACGAGAAGGAGAAUAAGAAAGAAGAAAAAGACAAUAAUAAAAAAGAGGAGAAAGAGAAUAAAAAGAACGAAAAAGAAAGCAAAAAAGAAGAUAAAGAGAAUAAAAAGGACGAGAAAGAAAAUAAGAAAAUAGAAAAGAAAGCGGAAGCACAGAAAGAACUGAACAAGUUGGAGGAAAACAAAACAGUGUUAGAGCCAAUAGUAGCAGAGAGCUGAGCUCGCUUUAAACCGCUAAUGAUGAUACUUAGUAGUUUUUUCUGAAUCCUAGUCUUUCCCUGCCCGCGUCUGAUCUUUUUUUAAGAGUAACGCGAGUAUGGCAUGUAUAACUGAUUGGGAUAAAAUGAAAAUGGGAAGUGUUUGCUCGAGAUAAGGAUCGUUAUUUGAUGUAUCGUAUAUACGUUUAUAAAGUGCUAUCGGAAUCGAACUUUUAUAGUGUGGCGAUCAACAGCAUAGGUGAAACAUUUCGAAAGAGUUAGAUUUCCUAAUGGCUCGCGAUGCUCAACUACAAUACGCCAGGCUACAGAAUUUAUUUGACUGACUUAUAACUGCAUAUAAUACAUACACGAAAAAAAUUGAUUCUUCACGUAUGUAAAUAAUUCUAAAUGAAAAAUUCAUUGCCUUAGCACUUGCUUAUCCAAAUCUUAUUCAUAAUUUGAUGUAUGAAUUUCACAAAUUAUCGGACAGAUAAAAAGAGAGUAUGAUUUGAUAAAAAUAUAAAUAAAUAUCUGUGUCGCCUAAUAUUGUCGCGUUUUUCAAAAGGCUCAAUUAAUUCUAUGUCAUAACGAUAAAAGUUAUGGAUAUUGCAUACGUUACUCUUCUAUCGAUUGACAAAAUAGUAAACUAAUAUUUGUUCCAGCGUAUUGCACAAUUGCUGCUGAAACUCGAAGGAAAUGCAUUGUACCAGUAAAAUUAAAAUGCUACGAUAAUUAUUUGUAAAACAAAUAAUGGACUUUAUUAUCGUAGAAUAUAAGUCAAUUGUUUUUUCCUACACUUUCGAUAGGUUAUUUUAUUACUACAUAUUUGAAAUCAUUAUUUUGUUCCAUUUAGGCAUUGCUGUCACUUUCCCACUUUAGUUGUCAUCAUUGAACUCAAUACAUAAUGAAGUCAUAUAAUUUUAUCUUUAGAUACUAUUAAUUUGAGGUGAAUCUUGUUGAGUUCAAUAUAAAUGCUAUAGGUAAAACUGAAAUCACAUGAAAAUAAACGAGGAACGGUAUCUGUAUCAUAAUCAACAAGACAAAUUCGUUUAGUUUUGUUAAUCGUUUUUAUACUGUAUACAUCACAUGAAAAGCUUCCUUUCGUCUUUUUAUCAUCGUUGUUUUAUCGUUAUUUUUAUCAUCUUACAUGAGGAUUUAAAUCUGAAAAUAAUUUUGAAUCUAAACAAAUUUCCUGUUAUAUGGAAAGGAAAAAUGUUUUUAAAAAAAUAUGGUGGUGGCAGAAGAAGCAUGGUAUAAUGACAAGUGUGCUGUUAUAUUUCACGAUCAUUAAUAACAGUUAUCAAAAAACGACUCAUUAAUCAACAUAUUAUAGAAGUAGCGUCAAUUUCCUAAUUACAAUUAGAAAUACUGCAGUUAGUUCUAGAGUUAUAAACACUGAGAAUUAUCUGUUACCGAGCAUAUAUCUUUAUCAAAUAGCAUUCGCUAAAACGAAUGUUAGAAAUAUGCUAUGUUAAAAUUUUAUCAUAUUGCCAUAAAAAUUAAGUUGAGAAAUAAUACCUAUAAUUUGUUGACAUUUGUUUUAAAUGAAAAAGUUUUGUGUUGAGUUCGUUAUGUUUAUAAUAAUAACGUCGAUAAUAAUAGCGAAAGGCGAAUAAAUGAAAAGUUUCUAAUAGCUUCGGUUGAACGAAUUUGUAUACUUUAUAAUAUGAAUUAAUAUGGAAUUAUACUGCACUUGUUAGCCAAAAUGUACGAUAAAGAAUGCUAGUUAAUAAGGAUUAUUCAUUAUGAAUAAAGUUAAAUACUUCAUACAUA